AUGGGAUCACUUCCAACCUCGAAACGACCUAAUUUCCUCGUCAUUGUCGCCGAUGACUUGGGCUACAGCGACAUUGGAUGCUUUGGCUCCGAGAUUGCUACUCCAGCUCUCGAUCGCCUCUCACAGACUGGUGUGCGGUUGACCAACUUCCACACAGCUUCAGCAUGUUCACCGACAAGGAGUAUGCUGUUCUCUGGAACAGAUAACCAUAUUGCUGGUCUAGGACAGAUGACUGAGCACAUGGCCAGGAACCUGGAUGCCUACAAAGGCAAAGAAGGAUAUGAGGGAUAUCUCAAUUUUAAGGUGGCAGCUCUCAGCGAGAUCCUUCAAGAUGCUGGUUACCACACCAUCAUGUCUGGAAAAUGGCAUCUCGGCACAAGCAAGGAGACAGCGCCUUGCUCUAGAGGCUUCGACAAGAGCUACGUCUUCCUCUCUGGAUGCUGCAACCACUUCAACUACGAGCCCCAAUUAGACGACCCAUCGCACGGGUUCUUUACGCCCAUGAACGCCGGCAAGUUCUGGAUGCAAGACGACCAGUUCCUCGAUCGAAAGAACCCCGAACACAUCCCCAGCGACUUCUACUCAACAACAUCCUUUUCCGACAAGUUGAUCGACUACUUGAAGGAGCGAGACGAUACUGAACAACCGUUCUUUGCAUAUUUGCCCUUUACUGCACCUCAUUGGCCCCUUCAGGCACCACGCGAGGUCAUCGACAAAUACAAGGGGCGUUAUGACGAUGGCCCUGCAGCGCUCCGCAUGCGAAGACUGGCAAAGCUGGUCGAGCUUGGUCUUAUUCCUGAAGGCAUCGAGCCUGCUCCCAUGACACUCGAGGCAUGGGAUAAGAUGACCCCAUCUGAACAAGCCGAGUCGGCGAGAAAGAUGGAAGUCUACGCCGCCAUGGUUGAUCUCAUCGACUCCAACAUCGGCCGCGUCGUCGACUAUCUCGAGUCCGUCAACGAACUCGACAACACAUUUAUCCUCUUCAUGUCGGACAACGGAGCCGAAGGCGCUAUGCUGGAAGCUAUUCCCAUGAUGGGCAGCGUGGGUACAGUUCCCAAGAUUAUUAACAAGUACUACAACAAUUCUCUCGAGAACAUGGGCAUGGGGGAUUCAUAUAUCUGGUAUGGACCUGAGUGGGCGUGUGCCUCUAUGGCUCCCUCCAGAGGCUUCAAGACGUGGAUCACAGAAGGUGGCAUUCGAUGUCCUUGUCUGAUUCGAUACCCGCCUUUGGCAAAGACGGGUUCCCACACCGAUGCUUUCUGUACCGUCAUGGAUAUUCUGCCCACGGUUCUUGAGCUGGCUGGUGUCCCUUCUCCAGGGAAACAGUUCAGAGGUAGAGAAGUUGUUCCUGUAAGGGGCUCAUCAUGGGUUUCCCACCUGGAGAACCAAGCACCCUCGUUCCACGAUGAAGAGAAGGAGAUUACAGGUUGGGAGCUCUUUGGACUGCGGGCCAUCCGGGAAGGCUAUUGGAAGGCGCUGUAUAUGAACGCGCCUCGAGGAAAGGAUAGGUGGGAGCUCUACGAUAUGAAGAAUGACCCCGGUGAGCUGAAUGAUCUGGCCGAAGCCCAACCUGAGAUUUUGGAACGGUUGAUCAAGCAUUGGGAGAUUUAUUAUGCUGAGACGGGCAUGUUUGACCCUGGGCAUGAUUUCCCUGUGACCCGAAUUUGA